AUGGUUUCGAUUCGGUUUUUAUACUUAAAUUUUAUCUAUAUUCCAAAUUUAAAUAAAACUCACCCGAGGUACGGAUUCAAUAUUUUAAUGUUCAGUAGGACCGUGACGCCGGUGAAGUUAUUUCCGGAACUGACGCUCAAAUUUAAUAAUUUCAUCAACUCACUCAAAUCCACUCCAAACCCGCAACAUCACGAGUUUGUAACUGAUGUCCUGGACUUAAUCGCAAAAUCAACCAACCCAAAUCUCAACUCCAUACUCUCUCAACAUAACUUUGAGUACGAGGACAGGAAAAAUGUGUUUAAAUUAUUAGUUGAUAAUUGGAAUGGGAAGGGGAUCCCAUUAACCAUAGACAAGCUUUUCUCUCUCAAUAAAGUAAUCAAGGGACUUGAAUUAGACCCCCUCACAGUUUCCGAAAUCCUAAACACUCCAACAAAUGAUGCAACAAUUAGUAAUACAAAGAUGAAUGUGAAAGUAAAUGAUGUAAAGAAGAAUAAUGUGAAGAUGAGAAAUGAGGAUGUGGAGCGAAUUUUAUUGUUUAAUGAUUUGUUUGGUGCUCCAGACUUUAUUAACUCUCUCACCAUCUCACAUCCAAACAUCAACACUCUCAACACCAAAAAGAAUCUAUUGGGUCUGGAGUUUGAGCGUAUGUUGGACUUUGACUUAAAUGACUACUUGCUUGAGAAUCCUCGUUAUUUACCAGAUUUAAAAGACGUCCCUUCCCUUGUAACUAUUAUGAAACAGCAGAUUACUGAAAUCUUUGGUGAGAAUUCGAGUUUAUUUCGUGACGUCACUGAUCACGAUUUGGUUUCACUGUCAAUUUCCCUAUCAGAGCUCAUUUGGGAGUAUAACUACUACAGGCACAGGGCGAAACCUAGGAUUAGCACUGACGUGAUGGAGUUACUAAGGGUUGACAAACCACUCUGUGACGACGUGUUUGCACAGCUUGUGGACUCCCGCAUUAAUGAAAUUAAACUCAUUAAAAUUCCCAACAUCGUUGACAAACCCGUCUACUCACACCCACUCAAAAUCUUUCCCACUCUCUACCAACUUCAAUUCCAACAAUCUCUCAAAGAUUUUAACCACUGGUUCCAACACUCCAUAGAUUCUCUACUCUCUGACAAUGACACUCUGGGCACAGUAAACACAGAAGACGCGGUAUGGAAAUAUCCAAGGGCUGUGGAGGAGAUUGGAGGUGUUAGGCCGUAUGUGAGGUUUAUAUCUGACGACCCUGGUGUUCCGCCGAGUGCUGGGAAGUUCCCGAGGAAAUUCGUGCAAAGGGUUGAAGGGGACUUUGAGUACUUGACAGUGACGCCAGAGGACCGGAAAGAGUUUGACAAGGUCGAAGAGGACAUGAAAAUGUUCCAACACAUGUCACAGGACGAACUCGCCAAACACUUCAUCAGAAAAUUCAAAUCCGAAUACCAAUACGCCAAACGCAUCAAAUCCAGACUACACACACUCAAACUCCUCAAUCCCAACAACUCCACACAUCUUACCCACCAAAUGUAUAGUGAGUUUACCCAGCAAAUGGGUAGUGAGUUGACUGGGGACACAAGUAAUGAUUUUACUGGGGACACAAGUAAUGAUUUUACUGGGGACACAAGUGUAUCAGCUACCACGAGUAAACAAUUGAAAACUCCGUUAGAAUGUGUUAAUGAGUUGAGUGAUGUGUUGACGGGAUUGAAUUACCAUUUGAUGAAUGUGCGGCACAUGUCAUGGCACUUGGAGUGUGCGGGGAUUUUACCCGUGGAGUGUCUUUACAAUAUUAAGCAAAUGGGUUGCACCAUCACCAACCCCAAACCCAGGACACUCUUCUUCUUCAGCCACAACUUCCUCAAAGCAUUCAACACAAUCACACAGUUCACCACACACCACAGUAAUUCCAGUGACACAGACGUAGUGUCCGGGAAUCAAGUGUUUAAGACUGGUGGAUUGAGUGAAUCGAUGAGGGAUAGGGUGCGACUAUUUUUUGAGGCGUACAAUUCGAGUAAGAGUCGAAUUCCUGUGGAGAAUGACACUACGUCAAUUUCCGACGACCCGGACUAUAAAUUGAACGAUUCUGAGCUCUUGUCUGCGAUGGUAAAGUCCGGUGCUGGGAUGAGGAUUUCGGGUGAAUUGCCAUUUGGCAUGCGGUUGGAGAACAUUGACCGUACGAACAUGACACCGCAGCUGGCGCAGUCUUCCCUGUACCGCCUGACAAUAUCACAGCCAGACCCCAGCUACCGCUGUAAACAGUGCAACUACACCGUCUACGGACACUACAUUAACCUCGCCAAGGGGAAAACUAUUGUAUGCUACGAGUUCGAACAGGUCAGAGAUGACCCAGACUACAAGUGCAGGAACUGCGGGGCCACCAGAGAUCACUUUGAAAUUGUCUACAGAACCGCAGAACGACACUAUGAACUGCCGCCGUACAUUCACUUCCAACUCAAUCCCAAGUUCAGAAAUGUUAAAACUCCUUAG